AUGGAACUCCCUCCAAGCAGACAUUGGCUGCUUCCAUUUCAUCGAAGUAUCUUGCAUCGCCUUCUUCCAGACGAUGAAGAGUUACGUGACCUGCUCGUGAUCUUGGCUCCCGGACUGGGUCUUCGACGAGUUGUUUCGACGUUAUUACGAGUGUAUGCGCGUCCCCAAUCUCUUGUCGUGGUGGUGAAUGCGUCGGCCCAAGAUGUAAAGGGGAUCAAUCAUGACCUAGGGACACUCGGUCUUGGGCACAAUGCGAUUCGCGAUGUGCACCAUCACAUGAGCUCCAAGCAACGGACGGAUCUAUAUCUGUCCAGCGGUAUCAUUAGCGUCACAUCCAGAAUCCUGGUCGUGGAUAUGUUGCAGAAACGUAUUCCUACGAGCCUACUUACCGGCAUGGUUGUAUUGAAUGCUGAGCGCGUGUCUCCCACUUCUAUCGAAGCUUUUAUUGUACGCCUAUAUCGCGAGCAGAAUAACGAUGGCUUCUUGAAGGCCUUCUCUGAUAAUGCCGAGCAUCUUGCUAGCGGAUACCACAAGCUGCAGACGAUCAUGUCUCAGCUGCGCUUACGUCAAGUCGAUAUCUGGCCUAGAUUUCAAGAGGAAAUCAACCAGGAUCUAGGCCAACGACGCGCCGAUGUCAUUGAGCUGCACCAGCCUCUUACGCCUCGUAUGCGCUCUAUACAAAAUGCCAUCAUCCAGUGUUUAGAGGCUACCUUACAUCAAGUUAAGCUCAGCAAAUUGGUCACUGACUUGGAUGAUUUAAACGUGGAGCAAGCCAUGUAUCGUGCAUUUGAUGUCACCGUGCGACGGCACCUUGAUCCAGUAUGGCAUCGCCUGAGCCCGGCAACGAGGCAGUUGGUGGGCGACUUGUAUACCCUAAGACAGCUUCUGCAUGCAUUGCUCUCCUACGAUUCUGUCUCGUUCUAUGAAUACCUCGAGACGAUCUUGGCAUCCAACGCACCUACGUCAGAGCCGGGAGCCCCGCAGCGGCAGUCGCAGUGGCUCAUGAGUGAUGAAGCCAACCUGAUUUUUCAUGAGGCUAGAGCGAGGCUGUGGCAAGAAAAACAGGACGACGAAGGCAUGUCGUUUGAGCUGGAGGAACUUCCUAAAUGGAAGCUGUUGGCCAAAGUAUUGGACGAAGUGGAACAAGACAUAUACCGCGACGAUUCAUCUUCCUCACAUACCAUUCUCAUCAUGGUCCAGUCUGAACGCACAGUUGCUCAACUUCGCACAUGGCUGUCUUUGGCCGAGGGAAACACAGCUUCUCCUGGCCGACCAUAUUUGACAGCAUGCUUGCACAACUACCUCGCAUGGAAGAAGAGUCUCUUAUCCUUCCAAAAAGAGCGCCACGUUCGCUCAAACACACCCGAAUCUCCGAAUCCAUCGUCUUCGAUCCACGAAGCCCUGCGUCACAAAAUGAUGCGCACAGGUGCUCCGGCGCAUAAGCGUCGUCGAAUGCGAGGAGGCAUGUCCCAGACAUCCAGACCAUCUCUCGCAGAGGACAACCCAUUUAGCGAGCUGGAUCAUGUUGCUGCGGCUAUGGAUCCUCCUCCCGCAUUGCAUGGCAUGGACGAAAGUAAGGAAGAGCAGGAUCCUGGCUCUACGGACUUCUUUGGUCUGUUGGAUUUGGAUCAUGUGAUUGUUGUACAGAGCUACCAGGGUGAUAACAAUGACAAUAUCCUGCAGGAGCUGCGACCUGGCUAUGUGAUCAUGUACGACCCGAAUGCUUCGUUUGUGCGGCAGGUCGAGUUGUAUCGUGCUACACAGAGCCUGUCAUCGGAGCUCCGCAUUUACUUUUUCCUGUAUGUGGAUUCCGUGGAGGAACAAAUGUAUCUCGGCGGUUUACGUCGCGAAAAGGACGCAUUUGAGCGCCUGAUUCGCGAAAAGGCUACCAUGGUCAUUCCGCUCACCACCAAUGGAUUGCCUGCGGAAGAGGAUGCCGAUCAACGCAUGGUCCGAAUGCUGAGCACGCGCAUUGCCGGUGGCCAAAGGCUAGUAUCCGGGCGCCGUCCUAGAGUGGUGGUGGACAUGCGCGAGUUUCGAUCGAGUCUACCAUCGUUCCUUCAUGCUGCCGGUAUGGAAGUGAUACCCUGCACGCUCCAAGUGGGUGACUAUGUCAUUUCAUCCGACAUGUGUGUGGAGCGCAAAACACUGACGGAUCUGAUGCAGAGUCUCAAUUCAGGCCGCUUGUAUACCCAGUGCGAGGCUAUGUCUAUGCACUACCCCUACCCGAUCUUACUGAUUGAAUUUGACCAGGACCGCGCAUUCACAUGGCAAUCCAUGGGCGACGUCCGUUCAGCGCAUGGUCGUGCACAAGCGGCACGAUCGACGCCCUCGGACCUUGACGUCCAAUCCAAACUUGUUCUACUCACACUCACCUUUCCACGCUUACACAUCAUUUGGUCGUCUUCCCCUUAUGCUAGUGUGGAAAUAUUCGCAGACCUGAAACAAAACUAUGAUGACCCGGAUCCUGAACGUGCUGCCUCUGUUGGUCUGGACGACUCUCUGCAACGACAAGGACAACGCGAAGCUUCAUUGAAUAUUACGCCGUAUGAAAUGCUUUGUUCUAUGCCCGGCGUCACACUCAAAAACGCUGCUUACCUUGCGCAGCACAUACCCAAUAUCCAGGCUUUGUGUGAGACGCCCCUGUCCGAUUUGCAAUCCCUCAUCGGGGCCGAAGCUGGGCGCAAGCUGCAUCAAUUCCUCCAUCGAAGCCUGGCUUGA